CUUUGACCAUACAUUAUCAUCCAACUCAAGCGAACCUUGACCCUGUGGAUUUAAUGCUCUACACUACGGAAUGACAACAGCAGUGAGAAAAACUAUGUGUUUAAAUGUUUCCUCUUUCAGUUAGCUGCACGAGGUCCCAUGGAUAAAUGAGUUAAAGCUUUUCAACAUUUGAGGAAGGUACGUGGCCACAGACUGAAAUCAAGUGUGACAUCUGAAUCAAAAAUGUGUGUGUGCGCGCUUUUUAAACAUCCAUUUUGUUUUCCUGUAAGUUACUUUUUUCUUUCACGACAGAUGACGCAGAACAUGUUUCAGGAGGGGCUGUACCAAGUGUUUUUUAAAGAGACGCCCUCAACCCGCCAGCUGACCCAGGUUACCAGGCAUGGGGGGGUAAUUGAUGCCAGGAUCCAUCGUUGGUUUGGGACUGUGGUGAACACCAGACUUCUAGUUGCUGGGGUGGUGCAGAUCAUCAGUGCCUUAGCUUGCAUACUAACCACAGUCACAUAUGCAUGUGUGAGGUAUAACUGCUCUAUCUCCAUGACAACUCCAGUGUGGUCAAGCCUAUUUUAUAUGGUUGCUGGGUGUCUGGCAAUAGAGGUGCAGAGGAAAGCUAGUAAAUUAAAGAUCAUCGCUCUGAUGGCUCUGAAUGUCUGUAGUCUGCUGCUUGGCUUCUCUGCUCUCCUGGCCAACAGCCUCCGCUCUACACACCCUGUCGCACUCAGCACAAACCAACAGCGUGUUGGUUCAUAUGUUGCAAGGGGAAGCUCCAUAGCAUUUUCUGUAAAGUGUUUUCUGGCGUCACUCUACAUAAUUUUCCUGUCCUGGAGAGGCCUGCGUCGUUACAGUCCUCGCCAUGCUCAGACCUACAGCCGCCUCUCAGAGGAUCCAGAGGAAACCAACCAACAACUGGAACAAGUGGAAUUCAGUCUGUGAAGCUCAAAGCUCUGAAACAACACACUCCUGCUUGCACACCGUGUUGUAUAAACUUUUAGAAACAGUUACUGUUGUUGAUGAUCAGGGUCUGUAUUGCUAUGAAUGGCUUGUGCAAUCCCGAUUGAGGAAAUUGUUCUAGAGAUUGUGAAAUGAUGUAAUGUCACCUGACUGAUGGCUUGGUAUCACUUCUGCUUUGGGAUUCGCAAAAACUUGAAAUACACUUCCUCCAAACAAAGUGCAACAGCAAAGUUAAAACAUCGCCCAAAAUAAACAGCAUGUUAAACAAGCAAUGGUGUAGACAACACGCAGAAAUAACUUAUUAUAAUAAUUAUGCAUAUUAUAAUUAUAAAGCUAAAUUAAUGCAUGUUUUAACAGCUGAAAAAUUGUCAUUAUUUGACAGAGCAUUUGUAAAACUGCUGAUAGUUUUCACGACUUUCACAGAUGCUGCUCAGUGACCAGCACUAGAGGGCAGCAUUGCAACUGAUUUGAAAUGUUUUACAGUCUGACCUAUAAAUCUCGGUGUUAGAGGAUGAAACUGUUUCUCUUCAGCUGCCAAAUGUAAAGAUUUGAACAAGUAAGAGUUGUCUGCUGACUGCGCACUAGGUGCAAGAGAAUGUGUGAACAUUUCGAUCAGUUUAUAUUUUGACACCAAUAGACACACUUUAAUUGUUUAACAGUGAAAUGGAAUUUGACAAUAUAAAACAAAAAAAAAUAUGUAGCAAAAAUACAUAAAAAAUAUGUAACUGUGGUCUGUUGGUGAGGUAGCUGAUGGUCCAUGUA